CGUAUCAGGAGUAGUGCGUAUGUCUAUUUAAUGUAAAGUAGCUUGCCAAAAAUAAACAUGUCUUCAUCUUGUUAUCGGCUAGUACCUUAGUUAUAUUUUCUUCUUAGAGAUGGAAUCUAUGAUAAAGCCAUGGUUGGUGUUUCCUAUUCUUCUCUUGUCUGCAAACUAUUUGCAGCAAUCUGUCAAUGGGAAAUCCCAAGUUCCUUGUCUUUUUAUCUUUGGAGAUUCUUUAUCUGAUGGUGGAAACAACAACAACCUUCCUGCUAACUCUCCAAGAUCAAAUUACAAUCCUUACGGGAUCGACUUCCCGAUGGGCCCAACCGGAAGAUUUACCAACGGUCGAACUACAAUUGACAUAAUAACUCAGUUACUUGGUUUUGAGAAAUUCAUUCCACCAUUUGCGAACAUUAAUGGUUCAGACAUACUCAAAGGUGUGAACUAUGCAUCUGGCGGAGCUGGAAUUCGUAUGGAGACAUACUCGGCUAAGGGUUAUGCUAUUAGCUUGGGAUUACAGUUAAGAAAUCACAGAGUUAUAGUUUCUCAAAUUGCUAGCCAACUUGGAGGAAUUGACAAAGCUCAAGAAUACCUUAACAAAUGCUUGUAUUAUGUGCAUAUUGGCAGUAAUGAUUACAUAAAUAAUUACUUUCUUCCCCAAUUAUAUCUAUCAAGCAACGUUUAUAGCCCUGAGCAGUAUGCAGAAAAUCUAAUUGAAGAGUUAUCUUUGAAUUUACAGGCUUUACAUGAAAUUGGAGCAAGAAAAUAUGUGUUACCUGGGUUAGGCCUAUUGGGCUGCACUCCAAGUGCCAUCCUUACUCAUGAGACAUAUGGGUCUUGUGUUGAGGAGCAAAAUGACAUUGCAUCCAUUUUUGAUUUCAAGCUUAAAUCUUUAGUGGAUCAUUUCAAUAAUAAGUUCUCUGCUGAUUCCAAAUUCAUCUUAAUAAACAAUACAUUACAGUCAACUGCCGAGCAUUCAUAUGGUUUUUCGGUUUCAAUGGCUCCUUGUUGUCCAAUAAGCGCGGUUGGAUUGUGUAUUCGUGAUGAAAGGCCAUGCUCUAAUAGGAGGGAGUAUGUGUUUUGGGAUGCAGUCCAUCCCGGCGAGGCUUGGAACCUACUCAUUGCAACAACAUCUUACGAUUCAUCUAAUCAUUCAGGGUUUGCUUAUCCAAUGGAUAUUAAGCACCUUGUUGAACAAGAAAUUGAGAUGGAAUUGGAUUUCACUUCACAGCUUAGUUCCUCGAGUAUUGUCUGCUUAAAUAUGGAAUUUAUAAUCAAGAAAUGGUUGGUAGUUCUUAUUGUUUUCUUUUCUGCAAACUAUUUGCAACAAUGUGUCAAUGGGAAAUCCCAAGUGCCUUGUCUAUUUAUCUUUGGAGACUCUUUAUCUGAUAGUGGAAACAACAAUAACCUUCCUACCUCUGCAAAAUCUAAUUACAAUCCCUAUGGAAUCGACUUUCCGAUGGGCCCAACUGGAAGAUUUACCAACGGUCGAACUUCAAUUGACAUAAUCACUCAGCUUCUUGGCUUUGAGAACUUCAUUCCACCAUUUGCAAACAUUAAUGGCUCAGACAUACUCAAAGGUGUGAACUACGCAUCUGGCGCAGCUGGAAUUCGUACCGAGACAAGCAUGGCUAAGGGUUUUGUCAUCAGUUUGGGAUUACAGUUAAAAAAUCACAAAGUUAUAAUUUCUCAAAUUGCUAGCAGACUUGGAAGUCUUAACAAAGCUCAAGAAUACCUUAAUAAAUGCUUAUAUUAUGUGCAUAUUGGCAGUAAUGAUUACAUAAAUAAUUACUUUCUUCCCCAAUUAUAUCCAACAAGACACAUUUAUAGCCCUCAGCAGUACGCAGAAGCUCUAAUUGAAGAGUUAUCUUUGAAUUUACAGGCUUUACAUGAAAUUGGAGCAAGAAAAUAUGUGUUAUCUGGGUUAGGUCUAUUGGGCUGCACUCCAAGUGCCAUCUUUACUCAUGGGACAGAUGGGUCUUGUGUUGAGGAGCAAAAUGACAUCGCAUCCAUUUUUGAUUUCAAGCUUAAAUCUCUAGUGGAUCAUUUCAAUAAUAAGUUCUCUGCUGAUUCCAAAUUCAUAUUUAUAAACAGUACAUCCGAGUCAGAUAGCCAGAAUUCAAAUGGUUUUUUGGUUGCAAAUGCUCCUUGUUGCAAAACAAGGUUGAUUGGAGGGUGUAUUCCUGAUGAAAGGCCAUGCUAUAAUAGGGGAGAGUAUGUGUUUUGGGAUGAAUUCCAUACCACUGAGGCUUGGAACCUAGUCACUGCAACAAGAAUGUAUGAUUCAUAUAAUAAUUUAGUCUUCACUUAUCCAAUGGAUAUUAAGAACCUUGCUGAACAAGAAACUAUGAAGGAUUUGGAGCCUAUAAAUGUAAUCACAUCAAAGCUUAGUGCCUCUAGUUAAAUAGGUUCAAGUUAUUAUGCAUUCAUUCACAUUGAGCUAAAUAGCUUUUACAUAAUUAGGCCCUACUCAUAUGCUGUUACAAUAUUGUAUGGAUUGUUUCUUUUCCUACCUACAUUUGAAACAAUCUUUUCUUAUCAAA